AAAGAUGCGUCUUUUUACUCUUUCCCACUGCCCAACCGAACACGGACUUGCAAUUCCCCAAAUUUCCAACCAAUUCUCGGCCAAUUCGACGUCGAUGAUAUAAGAUCCAACCCUAAUUCCAGAAUCGAUUAUUUCCUAGAGAUUGUUAUUUAAUUCGACGCUCGUGUUCCUGGAAGCACCAAAUCGUAGGAGCCAUUCGAGCAAUGCAACCCAGCUGAUUCGAGAUUUUAGGUAUUUUAUUUGAUUUCUCGGAGAAACCUUGUGCCCUAACAAUGGCGGAAAUCAAAAUCUGAUGUUGGUGGAUAUAAUCUCUGGAUUAAUAGAGCAAUAAUUUCAUUAUGGACGACGAAAAUGGCAAGAAUUACAAACCUCCCAACUUCCCCGUUGAAAAUGCCGCCGGAUAUCCUCACAACGCCGGGCAUUCAUACGACGAGGACGACGACAACGAAGAGGAGGAAUACGUGGAGAACGGGGAUGACGACGAUGACGACGACGGAGGAAACGGCGUCCAGAGAAUAAGCAACAAUGACUACGAAUAUGGAGACAAGGACGAAACAGAUGAAGAGGAUUUAGGUGAUUUGGAAAGGCACGCAAAGAAGAGAAAACUCAAAACCCUCUUGUCAAGCUACGAGUUCGCCCCUCGUGCACCCGCUCCUUCGGCGACAACUACUGUCCCCGCCGUCACCGUCACCACCGCCGCUGCCGCUCCAUCGGGUUCUGCUCCGAAACCCUCGUAUGGCGGGAGAAACCCGCUCACCGAUUGGACCGAGCACGAGACGUUCGUUUUGCUCGACGCUUGGGGCGAGCAAUUUCUCAAGCAAGGUAGAAAAAGCCUCCGAUCCGAAGAGUGGCAGGCCGUCGCCGACAAAGUCUCGCAAGAAUCGAACAUCGAACGAACCGAUACUCAGUGCCGUAACCGUCUCGACACGUUGAAAAAAAAGUACAAAAAGGAGAAGAUGAAGUCAGGAAAGGCGCCGGGCGAUUGGGUUUAUUUCAAGAAGCUCGACGAGCUUCUGUCGUUGCUUCCGCAGCAAGCCGGGCUUUCGUGCGGAGUCGAUUCAGGCGAGUAUGUGAUCAUGAAUCCGAAGGCUUACGCGAACGGAUCGGACGAGAUGGUAAGGGAUAGUCCGGCGAAUUCCGAGUCGGCCGCUGCCGGAGAAGAGCUCUCCGACGACCUCCCGCCGGCGAAGACGAAGAACGGGCGGGAAAAGGGCGAUUCGUUUAAAUUGUUGGCGGAUUCAAUUCAGAAAUUUAGCGAUACGUAUUUGAAGAUCGAGAAUAGUAAGAGACGGCAAAUGGUGGAGCUGGAGAAGAUGAGGAUGGAGUUUCACAGAGAUUUGGAGCUGCAGAAGAGGCGGAUUUUGGAGAGGACGCAGGCGGAGAUCGAGAAAAUCCGGCAAGGCGAGGGGGAGGAAGAAGACGACGAUAACGAUAACGACGUGUCGAAUUGAUCGACGGAUUGUUCGCCGGAGAAGAAGGGAUGAAGGAAUGUUAUUUGUUGUAUUAUAGUGUGUGCCUCUUGCUCGAGCUUGAGCUUGAGAUUCAUCCAUGGCGGCAGCGGAAAACUUACAGUUACAGAAGUAGGUAAUUACAGGUGGUUAAUAUUUAAUAAAAACUUACUUGGAUGUCAAAAUGGCACGCCUUAUUAUUAUUAUUAUUAUUGUUAUUGUUAUUAUUUGUGAGGAUGGUGUUCUGUUUUGGUUAGGGCUUUUUAUUUGUUUUUUUUGGUUAUUAGAUCUAUUGUGAUUUGAGAGUUUCUAACAAAUGUUGGUUUUGGUCAUUUUGUUCUGUACGAUUUGCUUGGUUCAAAUGCUUACGUUUUGAUGUUUUGGCUUUGAAUA